UGAUGAAAGCCCAAGAUGGCGAACAGUUGCGAACUUGCCUUACUUCCUGGGCUUUUUGUAUAAAAGCUGAAGUGGCUUAAACCCUGCAGUUAGUUUUAGCUAUACCGUUGCCGAGGGACUGCUUGCUCGUCCUUGUCAGCUAGCUGUCUUAGUUGACAUGGGGAAGAUCUCUUCGUGGGGGCUCGCCCAAUGCCUCUUUUGGGCUUGCGUGUCUGGUAUAGGAGAGCAGACUGACUGUGAUCCUGUUUUCCUAACGACGACGGUUUUCGCUACCAAGACCAUAUAUACUUCUGCUCCGCCGAAUGUGACUAGUAGUACAAAAGUUCCAUGGGUCAAUUCAACUACGACGGCGAGUUCAAGCUCGAGGACCACAAGUAGUUGGGUUGUCCCUAUUGGGAAUACCACUAUAAGUGUUUCUUUCCCUUCAACAAUUUCGUCGACUUCAGUUCCCUUUGGAAAUAGCACCUCGAGCGCUACCAUCCCCACAACUACAAUCUCGUUGACUUCGGUUCCCUUGGGAAAUACUACUACAAGUAUCUCCAUCCCUUCCACUUCCAAUUCGAUUUCGUCAACCACGGCACCAUUCGGCAACACCACUACAACCGUUCCUACGCUCCCAACUUCAACCACAAUAUCAUCGUCCUCACCUCCGUUCGGAAAUACUAGUACAAGUGCGACUACAGUCCCAUCAACCUCUGUCCCAACUAGCAUAGAUCCAACAACCACAGCUUCGGCGACGACAUCACCGACAGCGAAGCCUACUCCUCCUUUCGGCGGCUUUCCACCGUUGCCUCCUGGCCCAUUUAGAGGAUACAAGAAUGGUGCUUAUUUCACGAACUGGGGUAUCAACGCAGGCUUCCACCCCCAAGAGCUCCCGGUCUCCGAGCUAACGCAUAUCUACUACGCUUUUGCCGACAUCGACGCGGACGGGACAGUCAAGUCCUCGGACCCAAUCACCGACCUGCAGAAGCGCUACCCGGGCGACUCGCUCUCGAACCGGACGCGGAACGCGUACGGCGCCGUCAAGCAGCUGUACAUCCACAAGAAGUGGAACCGGAACCUCAAGGUGCUCCUCUCCAUCGGCGGGUGGAACUACUCGCCCAAGUUCGUGGCGGCGGCCGCGACCGACGCUUCGAGGCACAGGUUCGCGACGUCCGCCGUGAAGCUCGUGACGGACUGGGGCUUCGACGGCAUCGAUGUCGACUGGGAGUACCCCGCCGACGACGUCGACAAGGAGAACCUCGUCAAGCUGCUCCAGGCCUGUAGGCAGGCGUUUGAUAGGUACUCCCUCCUCCACGGCGUGCGGUAUCGAUUUACUAUCAGCGUGGCGAGCCCGGCCAGCCCGCUGAACUACGAGAAGCUGGAAUUGUUCGCGAUGAACAGAUAUGUAGACUCUUGGCAUUUGAUGGCCUACGACUACUCCGGAAGCUGGGACACAGUAAGCGGGCACCAAGCCAACGUAUUUUCGUACGAAAGCUCCACCGCGUCGAAGCGCCUAAGCACCGACGACGCGGUACGCCACUACGAGAGCCAAGGCAUCCACCCGCAGAAGAUCCUGCUGGGCCUGCCGCUGUACGGGCGGGCGUUUGAGGGGACCUCGGGGCUGGGGCAGAAUUACACGAGCGUGGGGCAGGGGGGGCCGCAGCCGGGGGUGUACUACUACAAGGAGCUGCCGAAGCCCGGGGCCGCGGUGGUGUACGACGACGUGGCCAAGGCGACGUACAGCUACGACGCAGCGGCCCGCGAGCUCGUGUCGUACGAUGACGUCCGCAGCGUCACCUACAAAUCCCAGUACCUGCGGGGGCGCCGCCUCGGCGGCGCCUUCUUCUGGGAGGCGAGCGGCGAUAGGGGCGGCGCACUGGGCCUCGUGAAUACCAUGUCUAAGAACCUCGACUGGCUUGACGAGACGCCGAAUAAUCUCUACUACCCGACGAGCCAGUACCAGAAUAUACGGCGGGGUAUGCCUCGGGAGUAGAUUGAUUGACUUCUCUGUUCCUUUUUCUUAGGGCCGUGAACAAAAUUGGAUUAGCAUAUUCGGAGUUUAUGAUAAAUUUAUGACUGGGUCUCAAAACUGCCUUGAGUAUUUUUUUGUUAUAUAUUGCCUCAACAGAUAUGGUUUAAGUAUGCUGAACUAUUUUAUGAGACGUGAUGG